AGUUACAAGAAUAUUUCCGUAAUAUUUUGAACUCUCUCGAACUCAACCCUCACUGGUCUCUCUCCCGCUUUCUCUUCAGUAAUCAGUACUCUCUCUAGGGCUCAGUUUCACCUCCAUCUCCAUCAACUCUCUUCUCUUUAGAUCCUUUCUCUCUCAUUAUUUACUAAAUCCAAACCUCUUCUAAUUUACUAUUUUACCCCUUUUUCACGCUUUCAUUAUCUCCUAAACCCUAGGGUUUCCGGUUCUGUAUCUCAUCGUCCAUGGCGGCGGCACCAGCACCGGUUUCCCAGCCUCGAUCCUCUUUCAAGACCGAGUCCUAUGUUGACAACAAGCGCAAGGAGGACAUCCGCCAAGCCAACAUCGUUGCCGCACGCACUGUUGCCAAUGCCGUUCGGACCAGUCUUGGACCCAAGGGCAUGGACAAGAUGAUCUCCACCGCCAAUGGCGAGGUUAUUAUCACUAACGACGGUGCCACCAUUCUCAACAAGAUGGAGGUCCUCCAGCCCGCCGCUAAGAUGCUUGUUGAGCUUUCGAAGUCCCAAGAUUCCGCCGCUGGAGACGGCACCACCACCGUCGUCGUCAUAGCUGGUGCGCUUCUGAAGCAGUGCCUCACUCUUUUGUCUAACGGUAUUCACCCUACCGUCAUCUCGGAUUCUCUUCACAAGGCCGCUAUUAAAGCCGUUGAUGUUCUUACCGCCAUGGCCGUCCCCGUCGAGCUCUCUGAUCGCGAUUCGCUGAUCAAGUCUGCUAGCACUUCGCUGAACAGCAAAGUUGUUAGCCAGUACUCCACUUUGCUCGCGCCUCUCGCUGUGGACUCUGUUCUCACGGUUGUGGAUCCUUCGAAGCCAGAAUUGGUCGAUUUGAGAGACAUCAAGAUUGUGAAGAAGCUUGGUGGAACAGUUGACGAUACUGAGCUCGUCAAAGGUUUAGUGUUCGAUAAGAAAGUGAGCCACGCAGCUGGAGGACCUACUCGAAUGGAGAACGCGAAGAUAGCGGUGAUCCAGUUCCAGAUUUCUCCCCCCAAAACCGAUAUUGAACAGAGUAUUGUUGUUUCGGAUUACACCCAGAUGGAUCGAAUUUUAAAGGAGGAGAGAAAUUACAUUCUGGGAAUGAUUAAGAAGAUCAAGGCCACUGGCUGCAAUGUUCUUUUGAUUCAGAAGAGUAUUCUGAGAGAUGCUGUUACUGAUUUGUCACUGCAUUAUCUGGCCAAGGCCAAGAUUUUGGUAAUUAAGGAUGUCGAGCGUGACGAGAUUGAGUUCAUUACCAAGACCCUGAACUGUUUGCCCAUUGCCAACAUCGAGCAUUUUCGAUCAGAGAAGCUCGGAUAUGCUGAUCUUGUUGAGGAGCUUUCGCUGGGAGAUGGGAAGAUUGUGAAGAUCACCGGUAUUAAGGAUAUGGGGAGGACUACGACUGUGCUUGUUCGUGGGUCAAACCUGUUGGUGCUUGAUGAGGCAGAGCGGAGUUUGCACGAUGCUCUAUGCGUGAUAAGGUGUUUGGUGAGCAAGAGGUUUUUGAUUGCUGGUGGUGGUGCGCCGGAGAUUGAGCUGUCACGCCAAUUGGGUGCAUGGGCUAAGGUUCUGCACGGCAUGGAGGGGUACUGUGUUCGGUCCUUUGCUGAGGCACUUGAGGUUAUUCCUUACACACUAGCUGAGAAUGCAGGAUUAAACCCAAUUGCGAUUGUGACCGAGUUGAGGAAUAGGCAUGCACAGGGGGAAAUCAAUGCUGGAAUCAAUGUGAGGAAGGGACAAAUCACGAAUAUCUUGGAAGAGAAUGUGGUGCAGCCACUACUUGUGAGCACAAGCGCGAUAACCCUGGCUACAGAGUGUGUCCGGAUGAUUUUGAAGAUUGAUGACAUCGUCACUGUUAGAUAGAGUUUGGAUUAAGCAUUGCCCUUUGAUGAAAAACUGUGGUAUCUUCUUGUGUGCCUUUUGUUUUAGGUAGUUUGUUUUUAUGUGUAGUUGGCUUUUGUUGACGAAUUUUGUUACAGUAUGUUUGCUUGAACCCUGAUUUUAAUCGUUGUUUCUAAGAGAUUUUGUCAUUUGUUUUCCAUUCAUACUAGAGUAUUAUUUUGUGA